AUGAUUCCAGUGUUAUUGUAUGGAAUGUAAAAACAGGAACAGCUUUAGUAAAAUAUGACGAACAUCAAGGUAGAAUAUUAGGAGUUUUAUGGAGUGGUCUCGAUCCAGAUGAAGUAAUGAGUGGAGGGUUUGAUUGUUCUUUACAUAGAUGGAAGAUUUCCUCUCUACCUAAAGCUGUUAUAGAAUAUGGAGCGAAAAGAAAGAAGGGGAAGAAGAAAAGAACAGACCAAGACAACAAGAAACGUGACCACAAAACAUCAACGGGUUCGGACAGUAAUGAAGCUAGUGGGGGUGAUAGAGAUGAUAAUGACAACAAUACUCCAACCACUUCACAACUUGAUGAUCUUCAGAAAUUACUGGAUAAAAAACGCGAAGAAUUGUUACACAAAGCUGAAGAGACAGCUGAUAAUAAAGAUACGAAUAAGAAGCCAGUUGCCCAAUCUAAUGAUAAUAAAUUACAACAGAUACUAGGAUCACGAUUUUACCACGAGACGAAGAAAGACACUAAAUCAAAUAAACGUACAGAAAAAACAGAAUCGGUGCCAUCUAAUAUUGCCAGUACACAGAGAAAUAAGAAGCGUAAGGCCAAAUCUUAUUUUCCUGUCAUUGCUCAAGCUGAAAAUCGUGGAAAAUCUCAAACACAUAAUGACUUGAUACAGCUGACAAAAAUUGUUUGUGGUGAGAAGAACAAGAGAGAAAGUGUUUCUGCUGAACACCACCAUCUUGGAUUAUUUACUAACAGACGGGCGGCAUUCAAGUGUCUCAAAAAAGAAGGAGAAUAUCACCAGAAGAAUGAUAACAUGGACUACUUUCUACAGAUGGAAAUCUGGAAAGGAAAUAUACGUGGUGCUCUACAAAUCGCUCGAGAAAAAGAUGAACUUUCUGAUUGGCUUGUAGCCAUGGCACCAUUAGGUUCGUAUGACAUGUGGUUGACAGCUUGUGAAGAUUAUGCCAGACAACUUGAGGAGGAUGGACAAUACCAUAAAAGUGCAACCUAUCUGUUAUCUUGUCAUAAAGUCUAUGAUGCUAUUGAUUUAUUUAAAAGACAUAAACUCUAUAAGGAAGCUGUAUCUCUAGCACGAGUUCGACUGUCUCCUCUCGAACCUCUGUUCGAAGAUUUAUAUACUGAUUGGUCACAGCAGUUAAUGAAAGACGGACAAUACGAACAAGCCGCUAAAUGCUACGUGGCUAUGAAGAAGAUUCAAGAUGCUGCUAAAGUUUUAAUCAGAAGAAGUGACCAAUCAAGUUUAAAGACUGCAGCACACAUGACUUUAUUAGCCAAUGAAAAGCAGCAAGGCAUGUUGUAUGCUCAGCGUGUUGUGAACCAAUGUCUCAGUCAAUAUACCUGGCAAGAUGCCUACAAAUUUCUCAAUGAACACGAAGCAACAAAGAUAUUCGUGCCUUUUGUAAGUGUUCAUGAAUUAUUAGUAAAAGAACUGCAGAUAUUAGCUGGGGGAAGUAUAGGACCAAUCAGUAGUGAUAAAUUUAGUGUCUGGGUUGAUAUUCCACCGCAAAAUUCAGUCAUACCAGAUUUUAUUUUGGAUGGUACGGAAUCGGAUCCAGUUUUACCAUGGAAACCAUAUCUAACAGGAAAGCAUUCCUUCCCUCAUCAUGUACUCAGAUGUUGGUAUUGCAACCUUAAUGUUGCUAUGGAUACCAACAGCCUUAGCAACAUGUACAAAACAUUAAUACAUCAUCAGUCUGGACGACAAGGGCUGCUAGACAUGAGUCAGAUCAUUCUACAAGUGAGUGGUGAUCUGACAUUGUUUUUACUGGCUUUGUUAUUAAAUGAAACAACGGCAGCCAUUAAUCAUCUAUUACAAGCAGUGAUAAGUCUUCAUGAAGCAGGUCAACUUGAGUUAAUGCAGGGUUUAUGUCAACUUGUUUUACCACAUGGACCAAAGUAUUUAUUAAAACUACAACAAGAAGUAACAGCUCUACAUGUUGUUAUAAGUAUGGAGAGCCAUAUGAAUAUAGAAGGUGCCUCUAAAGUCAACACAUUAAAACGAUUACUAUCGGAAUUAAAAGACGAUGAUAACAUCUCGUCGACAGGACAUCGUUGUCGUGAGUUAGAUUGUCUACGAGCCUAUUAUUAUCUGGCAGUAGCUAAUUAUCUUCAAGAUCAAAAGAACAAAUCAUCAGAUGAAGCCAAAAUUCAAGAUUUGCCAUCUUUGGAGACAGACAUAAAGGUGGAACCAGACGUAUGUGCUAUAGCGGAAGUCGACUCUACUUCUGAACAACCAACGGAUAAAGAAGUUGACGUGUUAUCACAACCAGGUGAUAAAACUCAAACUGCCUCUAGUCCAAUAGACCAAUCAAAAUCACAAGACAUAUCUUCUGUAGCUCAAACAACGGUUGCGAGGUCUUCCAAAUCCGAACCAAGUGCCCUAACCAUGAAUAAGAUACUGGAUAUGUCGAAAGGCUUGUUGUGGGAUAUACAAGCUAAACGUUACGCCUUGACAGAAACAUUAGGAUAUAUUCACAAGGCCAUUUCUCAAUGUUUGUUAACGGACAAGACCAAAGAAAAAAGUUCUCAACCUCAGAACGUCUCUAGUCACAGACGGCCUGAUAUUCUAUUGUGUUCAAAGGGGGAUAAAUCUAAUGAUAGAGAUGUACAGAAGGAUUUAUCAGGAGAAGAGAUUAGUGAGGAGAGUAAGGAGAAAGAAGUUACAGAUUCAACUGAUGAGUCCUUACACUAUUCCGAUGUAGAAAUGAUGCUAGCUAAUGGUAAAGAUUCGGCUAAUAAAUCUAGAAAGGUUUUAUGGGAAGAUCAACCACCUCUGUAUGUUUGUGAUAAACAUGAGACAAGUACAAGAGGUACAAGUUGUCUAUCAAAUCCUACCAAGUAUAUUAACGUCCCAGAUGAAUGGUAUAGUAUGCCUGUAGAUAAAAAAUACUUCAUGUCAUACGUUACCAUGCCUGUUCUACGUGAAGAACAAGAUUUUGUCACACAUGAACUGAAGAGAAUACCGGACAGUUCUCAUGUGCCUUUUCCCACCACUUUUGAUACUGCCAAAAUGUUGUUAAAAUUGACGCAAAUGUGUGAAGCUCAAGACAUGAAGGAAGUGAUUGAAUAUCGUGAAAAAUUGGUAAAAUGGGCGUUAAAUUUCGCUGUUACGUCCAAACAACGGGAAGAGCUAAAUACAUUACUGGAUACUGUUACAAAAGAAAGUGCUGUCUAAGUUGAACUCAUCACAUCAUAAAAUGAUUACAUCACAAAGUUACUUUUAAAUCUGUACGCUAUUUAUAAGGGGGGACAACUGGAUUAAUCUACCGUAGUUGUUGAUGUAUAUUUUCCAAUUGCAAUGACCAAUUGCUGAUUGCUUAUAUAACGUGUAAUUAUAUAUUUUGAAACAUCUGAUUACAUAUUUAUAAGGGAGACAACUUGUUUGAUCUAUUUGUUUGAAAUGACCAAUUGCUAAUAUAUAACGUGUAAUAACAUCUGAUUACAUGUGAUAUUUUGUCAGAAAGCAGUUCUGUACAAAACUACAAUUUAAGGGCAUUAUGUAUCUAAAAUGUUUUUUUCUGAGGAGUCAAAUUAAAUACUAAAAAUCAAAUAUUUAUUAUAUGUUAAGUUUUUUGAUGGUUAAAAUUUGUUGGUUAUAAAUUUCAAGGGCAAUAUAGCUUACACAAAUAUUGUUAGAAUUUGUUAUAAAUGAUAAUUAUUUUAAACAGUGCUAUCUUGUUGUUAUGGAGAUUUGAUAUUAUUUUACAUGCUGUUUCUUAUGGUUAUCAAACAAAAUACUUAAAAUAUGUACAUAAUUUGAUGAAAUGCAUAAUUUAAAGAAGAUAAAUUAUGAGUCAGUAUAUUUUUUAGAAGUUUGACCUGUAAUGAUGUACGUUUUAAACUGUAAUUAUCACAAGUGUUGCUGUGUAACGUUAAAUUUGGAAAAUAUAAAGAUUUUGUAUUGAAAUUGAAAAUAACACCCAUUUGUGAGGAAAAUAAAAGUUAUGUAGGUUGCUACAAAGAUGGAUAUCUUUACUAGAAAGAACAGGAUGUUUUGUUUUAUAUAUUAAUUAUAAAACAUGCAAAUAUCUCGAUCUGUACUUGCAUAUUGUUUGUAAUCAUG